AUGCUAACACUUGAACUGCUCAAGCUUGGGAUACUGACACUUAAACUUCUCGAGAUUGGGAUGCCAAUAUCUGAACUAUUUAAGCUUGGGAUGCUAACACUUGAACUGCUCAAACUUGGAAUACUGAUACUUGAACUGCUGAAGCUUAAUUGGAUGCCAAUAUUUGAACUAUUUAAGCUUGGGAUGCUAACACUUGAACUGCUCAAGCUUGGGAUACUGACACUUGAACUGCUGAAGCUUAGUAUGCUAAUACUUGAACUGCUCAAGCUUGGGCUACUGACAAAUGAGCUACUCAAACAUGGGAUGUUGACACUUGAACUGCUGAAGCUUGGGAUACUGACACUUAAACUUCUCGAGAUUGGGAUGCCAAUUUGA